UAAUAAUUGAUGAUUUUUACUUAUUUAAUAAAACAAAGUAAUAAAAUGACUUUGGUAUUUAUUACUUGCCGGAGUAAAUAAACAGGCUUGGCAACAGCGCGUUUGAUUAUACCCACUAUACAGGGACGUGCAUGAGUGUGUGAGUUAACCAAAAUGCGUUGUCGUUACAAAGGAAAAUUAACUAAAAAAAAUAUAGCUCAGUGGAAAAAAAAUGUGAUUGCGAGCAAUAAAGCUCGAAAAAAAAAUAAGGAAAAUGCCGAAAAUACAAACUUUAUUGAACUAAGUGGACGACGAUUAGUAGACUUAAAAUUAUUAGAUAAUGAGUUGUGGUGUAAACCUUGCAAGCAGGCUUUGCGUCUCCGUAAUUCAGUGAAUGAAUUAAAAAAUGGAUUAGCAAGUACUUUUCAAGUUAAGUGUGAAACUUGCGGGAAUAUGUACCCAGUAAACAUUUCAACAAUCGAAAAAAAUUCAAAAACCAGGCCUACGUAUACAGUAAACUCGAAGGUGGUGGUUGGUGUUAUUGAGAGUGGUAAUGGAAACACUCAUCUCAAUAAAAUUUUAUCAGCUGCAGAAGUACCUGUCAUGCAUUCAACAGUCUUCAAACGUCAUGAGAAAAAAGUUGGAGCUGCAAUCGAACUAAUAGCGAAUGAAAGCUGUUUGGAAAAUUUGAAAGCAGAGAGGGAGAUGACUAUUGAAAAGGAAGGGUAUGGUUUGGAAUAAUAUUUAAGUUAAUCAUUAAUGCAUAUUUCAAUUUCAAUUCAGCUGGCUAUUAUUUAUACUUAAUAAAAUUUAAGCGAAGGUCCAUUCGUGUAAGUACUUGGAAAU